CUUCUCUAUCUAUAAUCACCACACUCCUCUCCAUCAUUUCAUUUGCCCACCACCUCAAACCUGAAUGCUUCUCUUCUCUCUUUCAUGGAGAAAACUGAACUACUUGAAGAAGACACCGAGUUCCUCCCCCGAGUUGACUCAGACUCGCUCUCCGUAGCUUCCAGCACCACCACUCUUUCCUCUCUAUUCACUAUUAACUCGGAUGAUACCAAUAUAAUUACAGCUUCUUCAUCCGGAGACAUUUCCGCUAGUAGCAGCUCUGGCGAGAUUCCCGCGAUUAUUAUAUCGGAAGCCGUGAUCGCCAAGCUUCCUGCGGAGCUUGUGCUCGACGUGGGACUUGAGUUGACACCGAAACUGAAGUGUGUGGGGAGGGAUAAUAAGGGGGUCACGUGGGGGUCCACUAGUGUGAUAGGACGGAGGAGAGAGAUGGAGGAUGCGGUGGCGGUGGCGUCGGGGUUUAUUUCGGGUACGUGUGAUCAUGUCGGAGGGUGUACGGCUCCCGGUUCGAGAUGCUCCGGUGAGGUCUCGCCGGUGCAUCUCUUUGGUGUUUAUGAUGGUCAUGGUGGCUCUCAGGUGGCUAAAUUCUGUGCGGAGAAGAUGCAUUUAGUUGUGGCAGAGGAAUUUUACCGAGAAGCUGUUGAUGGACUUGAGUGGCAGCGUAGGUGGGAAGAAACCUUUUCAAGCAGUUUCAAGAGGGCCGACAGUGAGGCCCAGACAGAUGGACUAGCACCUGAAAUGGUUGGAUCAACGGCUGUUGUGGUGGUUUUAUCAGGCUGUCAAAUCAUUAUAUCCAAUUGUGGUGAUUCAAGGGCGGUGCUUUACCGGGGAACAGAAACAAUUCCCUUGACUGUUGAUCAGAAGCCUGAUAGAGAAGAUGAACUUAAGAGAAUUGAAGAACAGGGGGGAAGAGUCAUAAACUGGAAUGGUGCAAGAGUGUUUGGAGUUCUUGCCAUGUCCAGAGCAAUAGGUGACUGGUACUUGAGACCGUGGAUUAUUCCGGUGCCUGAAAUAACUUUUGCAACAAGAAGUGAGGAUGACGAGUGCCUGAUUUUGGCAAGUGAUGGACUUUGGGAUGUAAUGUCAAACCAGGAGGUUGGGGAGGUGGCUCGUCGCCUUCUAAGACGGCGGCGUAGGUUGAUGGUUGAUGAUGAGGGGUCAGCAGCACAAUAUGUUGCUGAUAGCCUAACUGAGAUGGCUAUGGGGAGAAACAGUUCUGACAAUAUUUCUAUCAUUGUCGUGGAUCUAAAACCUAAGAGAAAGCGACAACAAAGAAUAUAGUAAAUACGAAUCUUCUAGCAUAUCCAACUCUCACCUUUUGGAGCCUGGAGCUGGAAAAAGGCUUAUACAGUAAGAGCUUGUCUAAUUAUCAAUUGUUCAUUUCCUUCUUUAAUUUAAGAUUUUGAUAUCUCUAAAUGGUUGGAGUGUUAAAUGAAAGCACUGACAAAAGAAACCGCAAUUAUUACUUAAAUAUUAAAGUUCUUUUUUCCACAUAUAUGACAUGAAAUAGAUAACUCUGGUGCUAUUUAUGUUGUCAAAGCUCGAAACAAGCUCUAGUUCUUGUUCUGUUACCAAGACAGGCAGAUUUUGAAUGCAAGUAUUGUUUGUACUUUAAUGGCGAUAACUUUUGCAGAAUUGGUUGAUUGUCAUACAAUGUCAUAAUUUUGAUGAUGCUGAUCUCGAAGAGGUCAAGCAAAGUAUGGUGAAUAUAUGCUUAGGAGAGUACUUGAUAUCAUACUUGGGCUCAGAAGGAAGAUCUGCUACUUAUUUAGGUUUUGUACAUCAAUGGCUUAAUAUUAGAUCUUAUAAAUAAACUAGUUUGAGGCGGACUUCACCAAAUGAUAAACGGGUUUUCACAUGUUCGUGCCACAGGUGAGAUCCAAACUUCAAAUUUAAGUUUGUUAGGGUUCUGAACAUUCUGUAUCAUACACUAUUAAUGUAAAGUGACUACUAGCAAGUGGCCUUCCACUUCUCUCAUCUUUGUUAA